UGACGCUUCCUAGUUGAGCUGCGCAGGGGGAUCAUGCUGUAAUCUGUUGAGUAGUGUGUCUAUGAAUGUGUGCUCACUUGCUCGUACCUUGAGCUUGUCCUCACAGCUCUCUCGUCCUUUCCCAGUGAGAAUCAGAGCCAUGUGUAAAGAGCUGAAGACCUCAGUGCUGCGGUUAUUGCCGCCCGACACGAACGGGCCGCUGGCGCAGAGCAGACACACAGCAGAUGGAGCACAAAUCCUCCACGCCACACUAAAGGCUCUGAAAGAAGGCCAGGUCAUUGCUGUUCCCACUGACACGAUCUAUGGCCUGGCUUGCUUGGCUCAGAAUUCAGAAGCUAUCAAGAGGGUGUAUGAUAUCAAGGGCAGAAAUGGCAACAAGCCUUUAGCCAUUUGUGUUGGAGAAGUACAAGAUAUAUACAAGUAUUGUAAAGUAACUGUUAAAGAAGAGCUUCUGAAAGAUCUCCUUCCUGGACCGGUCACUCUGGUUCUUGAAAGGUCUGAAACACUGAAUGCAGACCUCAAUCCAUUCACUAGGCUUGUAGGUGUCCGCAUCCCAGACCACCACUUCAUGAGACGCUUGUGUCAGAUGUGUGAAGAGCCGCUUGCUCUAACAAGUGCUAAUAUCAGUACACAGUCAAGCACUCUUGCUGUUCAUGAGUUUGAGGAGCUGUGGCCAAGAUUAACCAUUGUAGUGGACGGUGGCCCAAUAGCAGAUCAAAGUCGACUGGGCUCGACAGUUGUGGACCUCUCAGUGCCUGGCAGAUAUCGCAUUAUAAGACCUGGCUGUGCCUAUUCAGCCACAGUUGCUAUACUUGAGAAGAAAUAUGCGUUAUUGGAGGAUUCUUCCAGUUAAUGAACGUUUAGCUCUCAACUGUUAUCCCACUAAAGCGCACAACCACAAACUGUUUGACAUCCACCUGGAUUCUAAAUUAUUGGACUGAGAAGCCAAUACAAAGUAACUACGAAUGUGUCUGGAAAUUAGAGUAGACUCAUCCAUGUGAAUAUUUGUCUUCAUCUUUGUAUUGUCUGACUUUAGGGUUUUCAUAAAAGGCAGUUUUUCAUACCACUUUUACUAAAUAAUCGACCUUGGCGUCACAGCGCAGACUUUACUCCGGUGAUCAGCGUUAGUGACAUACCAUGGUUAUUGUUCUGGUUUUCAAAACAUUUGUUAGCUUGGAAUAUUGAGAUUAUUCUCUCAGACAUCAAAUAUAGGUCAUUGAACACUCAGUUGAAGACUUCAAAGUGCUUUGAAAUGUUUUACUUAUAAUGUUCUUUAAUUUUUGACUUAUUUGAAUUUUUAUUUAUUGUUAUUUUCAAUAGUUACACAGAUUUAUAUCUUCGAGAUACCAUUGCAAGUUUAUUGUAGCCUAAGUUGCAUUGAGGACCAAAGAUGAUUCAAUAAUACUGUGCAUAAUAUUGAAAAUUACCUCUGUUUCACUCAGAACAAUACAAAUAAAAAAUGAAUACAAAUGAAA